AUGGCUGCCGUCCUGUCGCCUCACAGCUCAACCUCACCUCCACCUACCUCCUCUCCCACUCCGGCGUUGCCUCCAUUAAUAACUUCGCCACCCUCCAAGCAGCGUGCUCCCUCGUAUGCGAACAAGAGACUGUCGACCUUCUCAAACGCCUCGGCCGCACAAUCUGUCCGCUCCAGCAGACCACAGUCGACGGUGUUUCCACUCUUCCAUUCGAGCUUGCCAUACUCCCUAGUGCGCGACUAUGCAUACGGCCCCUUACAUCCACUAUUCUACGGCCCGCUACCUGAGCAACCCUCAGACAUAUCCACGCCGGCGAGUGAAGUUAGUCGGAGGCUGUCAGAUCCACCGCCGGUAUGGGACGGAACCCGGGGGAGUUGGUCAGCAGGAUCGUGGGAGCCUGGAGAACAACUGCCGCAGACUUCGUAUGCGGACGGACCUCCAUGGAGCGAGGACGAGGACAUCCAUAGCCCGGUCGUAACUAGCGCGCGUCACAAGAAGCACAAGUCGAACAUAGUGGACUUCGACCAGACCCGUGGCCGGAGAGGCUUCGACCCUGGACCGCGAGGAUCCUACUCGGGUACGAACCGUGACGGCAGUCAGAUAUACUAUGUUAGCGAGCUUGACGAAUCAGCUAAUGGACCCGGCGGCGAAUAUAUCACAUAUCCUCCGACCAACCAGGAGCAGCCCGCGCCAUCGCUUACAGUACCUACUUCGGACUCGCGGCGCGAUUCUCAUUUUGCAGCAUUGCUUCCUCGGCGUACGUAUGCCGACGCAGAGUUGGAAGAAGCUCCCGGCUAUGCCUCGGAUGAAGAGAUGUCUGAGACCUCCUCACCCGAGGAGUUUUCGCAGGACGAGAGCCGCUUCUCUCGCGACUACCAGUUCACGAUUGCGUCGCCAGAGGAGGAAAUGCAUGGCAAAGCUGUUGCCUUGUUUGACUUCGCGCGCGAGAACGACAAUGAACUUCCGCUCGUCGAGGGCCAAGUCAUACUCGUAUCUUACCGACAUGGGCAAGGGUGGCUCGUCGCCCAGGAUCCAAAGACAGGCGAUACGGGUCUCGUGCCCGAAGAGUACGUACGCCUACUCCGAGACAUCGAAGGCGGGUGGAGCGGUCUCAUGAAUGGUGACGGCGCAUCGACCAACGACAUCAUGAGCCCUGUAUCUGCUGGUCCAGAGGCCAAGACCCCUACACAGGCUGAUCACCGGCGAGACUUGAGCGGCCACAACGCCAUGGGCGAAAAGUACACCCCCGUCAUUUCGACUUUCUCGACUAGUUCGAAGGACCUCCACCGUUAUCCGCGGGACUUGCUCGGCACCCCAACGAAUGCGGAGGGCAGCCCUUUUGCUAGACGCGCGAGCACUAGUGAAGAGAUUAAGGGCGUCAAAAAGCCGGACUCGGGGCCCAUGGAGGGCUUAGAGGAGACACCAGAGCCCGUAGAGUCGAGAAAAGAUGAGGCCCGGUGA